CCAUUUCGAAUUCGAAAAAGCCACCAAGCUUUUCCUUUUAAUAUAAUUCGGCCGCCGCCUCCGCUUCCGCCUCUUCCCGAGUUCUCCCCAAGCCCCGACCAUGCCCUCCCCCUCCCGCGCCCCGCCGACGCCUCCGGCCGCCUCGGAGUGGCGCUGCGUCCGGUGCACGUUCCUCAACACUGAAUACUUCGACUCCUGCGAGUUGUGCCAGGCCUCGCGCCCAGUUGAGGUCGACAUCGACAGCCCCGUCGCCGUGGGCGCCGCCUUCGCGUUGGCCUCGUCCAAGCGGAGCCGGAGGAAGGAGGACCGCAGUGCGUCUACCCCACCCCAGCGGUUUGGGAGGAAGAGGGAGCGCGAUGCGUCGCCGGAUGUGGUUGAACUUUGCGAUAGUGCGGACAAGGGGCCCGCCGCCAAGAAAGGAAACCUUGAGAUUUGUUUGGAUAAGACGACCUUCAAAAUCAUGACAUACAAUGUCUGGUUCCGAGAGGAUGUGGAAGUGAUAAGAAGGAUGGAUGCUCUUGGGGAUCUUAUAAAGCAGCAUAGCCCAGACUUUAUAUGCUUCCAGGAGAUUACACCAUACAUAUAUAUGCUUCUGCAAAAAUCUGACUGGUGGCAACAAUACAAGUGCUUGUUGUCACAUGAGAAGGCUAUUCAGAUGCCGUAUUACUGCAUGCAGUUGAGCAAACUGCCAGUGAAGGCAUCUGACUGCACCCCAUUUUUGAACUCAAUAAUGGGAAGAGAGCUGUGCUUCACAAGUGUUAGCACAGGAGAGAUGAAAAAGUUAAUGAUAGGCACAACCCACCUCGAGAGCCCAUGCCCUGCACCUCCUAAGUGGGAUCAGAUGUACAGCAAAGAACGUGUGGAUCAGGCAAAGCAAUGCCUUGAAAUUCUGGGACGCUUCCCCAAUGCCAUACUCUGUGGGGACAUGAACUGGGACGACAAAGGAGACGGCCCUUUCCCUCUGCAGGAUGGGUGGACUGAUGCUUGGGUUGAGCUCAAGCCUGGAGAAGAUGGCUGGACCUAUGACACGAAGGCCAAUGGCAUGCUGUCAGGCAACCGCAAGCUGCAGAAGCGAAUGGACCGGUUUGUGUGCAAGCUGGCAGACUUCAAGAUCGUCAGCAUCGAGAUGAUCGGGAAGGAGGCAAUACCGGGUGUCUCCUACUACAAGGAGACGAAGAUUCGGAAAGAGAGCCGAAUGGUUGAGCUGCCUGUCUUUCCAAGCGACCACUUUGGGCUUGUUUUGACCAUCACCCAGCAGGAGAAUGACAGCUUCUGAACAACUGUUACAGUGACCCUGAAGCAUUUACUUUCGUUCUCUUUUGCAUGAUAUUUAGAGAGCAGUUCUGCGCUUCCACUGUUCUCAUUUUAGUGAUCGCCCCACGAUUUUGUAAACUUUGGUGGAGGCAUCAGUAGGCUAGGACGUGCAAAUGGUGGUUUUUUCUUACCAGGUGGCUACUUGUUGAUUCUUGCUACUUCGUUUCUCAUCAAUGUCUCAUUGAGAUGCUUGGGUUGGCUAAAAGAUAUGCCCUCUCGAUGGUCUUACUAUUAUAAAUACCGAAAUUAUCU